CGCUGGUGACCAGAAUUUCUCUAGAAUCGGCGAUCCGAGACAUUGUCCGUAGUUUCUUGUUCUUUUUUGAGACUUCUUGUUAUCACUGUCCUCUUCGCAUGGUUCCUCGAGCGCGUGGAUGUGUUGCUCUUCUGUCAGGUGGAAUUUCAAAUUUCCCCUAAACACGUGCGUGAAACUAGGUUAGGUCUCCACCAUAGAGUGCUGUGAUAGAAGAGACACCUAUGGGUGCUCGGUUUUCAGCGACCAUCCAUUGACCAAUCAGCUAGAAUGAAAUUAUACUGGAGUUCCUUGUUGAUAUGUGUUUUUAUAUUUUUGUAAUUGGACGUGUAGGAAUAAAGAGAACAAUUGUUAUCAGAUCGCAAAGCACAAAUUUGUCUCCAUUUUCUCAUGGGCUUUAUCGACGAUGAAUUACAAGAAGUGUCAAAACUCUGUCAAAAUGUUGUCGACGGCAGCCGCCUGGUCUCCUGUGUGCGCAUAAUGGUGCGAGUGGAAAUAGCGAAAACGAAGUUUAAAACGAUCGUUGCGUGUAUCCAGUUCCCGAAAGACUAUCCUCAGAAUCCACUGUUAAUCGAAUUGAAGAGCAAAACUUUGUCCACUAAAUUACUUGACGGAUUAACAGAAGUUUGUGAGAAGGAAUGCAAGAAACUGUUGGGCAAAGCACAGGUGCUUCCUACGUUGAAGCUGGUCCGUAAUUUCAUCGAUGAGAAUCCUUUAAUCUGUUGCUAUGAUGAAAUUUCUACCCUAAAGAACAUCUUGGAGAAUGAUGAUGAACUAAAAUUGAGACAGAAACAUUCUUGUAUCUGUCUAAAGGUUCAGCAAGGAUUGUACUACUUUAAGGCAAAGAUUGAAAUACCAGAUAAUUAUCCAAUUGCUUGUGUAAAAUUAGAAGAUGCUGACACAAACUUCCCUCCAUUGUUUACUCGAUAUUUCUUGGGUCAAGGAAGAGAACUAGCUAGACAGUGUGUUGAGCCACCAUUAACCAAACAUCCGCAAAAAACUCCUUUUACACCAUCACCAUCUUUAAACGUUGUUGCUUCUUUUCUUAUAAGGUCUGUGAAGAAAUUACCACAAGAGCACUGUCAGGCAUGCAAAGAGAAAUGUCUACCAAUAAAGCCAGAAGAAGCAGAAACCAACGAAACUGCAGAUUUGCAUAUAGAAAGAUUGUACUGUGGUCAUUUGUUUCACUUGAAAUGUCUUGUGACAUUCAUGAAGACUCCCCCAUUCCAUGGGGGUAAGAAAUGUCCAACUUGUGGACAACGUAUCUAUCAUGAUAAAUGGGGUAUAAGUGACAAGCUUGCAGAGGAUCGCUGGGCACAUCAGCAAGCAAGAGCAAGAGAACUAGCAGAAGUAGCAGACUUCUUUAAUUGAAGCCUACGUUUCAAUUGAGUAAUGCCACAAAACCUGGCAAUACUUUUGUCGCAAAUACAACUGCAACUAUCCUGAGAAGUCAGGCAAGGAGUGAUAAUUAACAACUUAAAAAAAGAAUUAUUUGUAAUUCAGUGUGUUGUGACAUUCGAGAAUGAAUGUUUAUUGGCCAGUUAAAGAGAAGGUAUUUUUAAUACCAUAAAUUAUAUUGCAUCAAUUAUAUUUAUAUCAUAUCUCAAUGGAUUACGAACGGAUUGCUUAAUGUGGUGCUAAUAUAAAGCAGUUAAUAUUUGUAAUUUCUUUCUCCCAUCUGUAAUCGAUUUUUAUAAACAAUUGAACAACAAUACACGGUAGUUAAAUUUUUAUAGCGUUGUACAAUCCAAAAACUUCAAAAGAAACAUAAGAGUAUAUGAUAAGUUUUAUAGCUGAAUUUAUACCUUGCAAUUCUUAUAGAAUUCUUUUUGUAUCAUAUAUACAGUAUGCGUGGGAUGAGAAUCAGUGUUAAAUCAAAGUGUUACGAGUGAUUAAUCGAGAAAUAAUCCAUAUUUAUGAACUGUUAAAGAAACUCACCGGCAAGUUGAAGUGUCUUUGGAUCGUUAGGAAGGGGCCGGUAUGGGAUGUUCUUUAUACGGCGAUAAAACUAAUUGUUAGGAUACUUUUUCUUUAUAUUUCUUGUAGAGGAGUAUUUCUUCAAGAUGUCCAGUCUUUCUUCUGCAUUGUUUCCACUUUUUUCCCUUCUAAAACACUAAUUUCAGCAGGAGCGUCAGCAUCUUCCACCCAAGAACCGCGGGAACUUCUGCGCUUUGACUUCAGCGCCGCACGCGGGAAAAUUCAAACCAUCUGUACAUUCAAAAAUGGCAAACACAAAAUAUUCAACUUCACAGUUAUCGGUAAUUUUCAAGACUGGACGAUAUCACUAAUAAAUUAACAGACUAGUUAACUUUUACAAAGAAAUGCACUGGAGAACAGUGUUUUUAACAAUAUUUGUUACACUCUAACAUUGUUUCAAGCGGAAUGUACCUAAGAAUCUUUUUGUAACAAUAAAUAUACGUAACGGAGGUAAAUCAGUUGUGUAUAAUUUAUU